AUGGCCGAGGCCCCCCCGCGCCGCCUCGGCCUGGGCCCCCCGCCCGGGGACGCCCCCCGCGCCGAGCUGGUGGCGCUCACGGCGGUGCAGAGCGAGCAGGGCGAGGCGGGCGGGGGCGGCUCCCCGCGCCGCCUCGGCCUCCUGGGCAGCCCCCUGCCGCCGGGCGCGCCCCUCCCUGGGCCGGGCUCCGGCUCGGGCUCCGCCUGCGGCCAGCGCUCCUCCGCCGCGCACAAGCGCUACCGCCGCCUGCAGAACUGGGUCUACAACGUGCUGGAGCGACCCCGCGGCUGGGCCUUCGUCUACCACGUCUUCAUAUUUUUGCUGGUCUUCAGCUGCCUGGUGCUGUCCGUGCUGUCCACUAUCCAGGAACACCAGGAACUUGCCAAUGAGUGUCUCCUCAUCUUGGAAUUCGUGAUGAUCGUGGUCUUCGGCCUGGAGUACAUCGUGCGGGUGUGGUCGGCAGGGUGCUGCUGCCGCUACCGAGGAUGGCAGGGCCGCUUCCGCUUCGCCAGGAAACCCUUCUGUGUCAUCGACUUCAUCGUGUUCGUAGCCUCGGUGGCCGUCAUCGCCGCGGGCACCCAGGGCAACAUCUUCGCCACGUCGGCGCUGCGCAGCAUGCGCUUUCUGCAGAUCCUGCGCAUGGUGCGCAUGGACCGCCGCGGCGGCACCUGGAAGCUGCUGGGCUCCGUGGUCUACGCGCACAGCAAGGAGCUGAUCACCGCCUGGUACAUCGGGUUCCUGGUGCUCAUCUUCGCCUCCUUCCUGGUCUACCUGGCCGAGAAGGACGCCAACUCCGACUUCUCCUCCUACGCCGAUUCGCUGUGGUGGGGAACGAUCACGCUGACGACCAUCGGCUAUGGUGACAAGACCCCACACACAUGGCUGGGCAGGGUCUUGGCCGCUGGCUUCGCCUUACUGGGCAUCUCCUUCUUCGCCCUGCCAGCCGGCAUCCUAGGCUCCGGCUUUGCCCUGAAGGUCCAGGAACAGCACCGGCAAAAGCACUUUGAGAAGCGGAGGAUGCCAGCAGCCAACCUCAUCCAGGCUGCAUGGCGCCUGUACUCCACCGACUCAAGCCGGGCCUACCUGACGGCCACCUGGUACUACUACGACAGCCUCCUGCCGUCCUUCAGAGAGCUGGCCCUCUUGUUUGAGCACGUGCAACGGGCCCGCAAUGGGGGCCUCCGGCCCCUGGAGGUGCGGCGGGCGCCGGUCCCCGACGGAGCGCCCUCCCGUUACCCGCCUGUUGCCACCUGCCAUCGGCCAGGCAGCACCUCCUUCUGCCCUGGGGAAAGCAGCCGGAUGGGCAUCAAAGACCGCAUCCGCAUGGGCAGCUCCCAGCGGCGGACGGGUCCUUCCAAGCAGCACCUGGCCCCUCCGCCAACGCCCACCUCCCCCAGCAGCGAGCAGGUGGGCGAGGCCACCAGCCCCACCAAGGUACAGAAGAGCUGGAGCUUCAACGACCGCACCCGCUUCCGAGCUUCUCUGAGACUCAAACCCCGCACCUCUGCUGAGGAGGGCCCCUCGGAGGAGGCAGCAGAGGAGAAGAGCUUCCAGUGCGAGCUCACGGUGGAUGACGUCAUGCCUGCGGUGAAGACGGUCAUCCGCUCCGUCAGGAUUCUGAAGUUCCUGGUGGCCAAACGGAAAUUCAAGGAGACCCUGCGACCGUACGACGUGAAGGACGUCAUCGAGCAGUACUCGGCGGGGCACCUGGAUAUGCUGGGCCGGAUCAAGAGUCUGCAGGCUCGGGUGGACCAGAUUGUGGGCCGGGGGUCUGCGGACCGGAAGGCCCGGGAAAAGGGCGACAAGGGGCCCCCGGACACGGAGGCGGUGGAUGAAAUCAGCAUGAUGGGGCGCGUGGUCAAGGUGGAGAAGCAGGUGCAGUCCAUCGAGCACAAGCUGGACCUGCUGCUGGGCUUCUACUCGCGCUGCCUGCGCUCUGGCACCUCGGCCAGCCUGGGCACCGUGCAAGUGCCGCUCUUCGACCCCGACAUCACCUCCGACUACCACAGCCCUGUGGACCACGAGGACAUCUCGGUCUCGGCACAGACGCUCAGCAUCUCCCGCUCGGUCAGCACCAACAUGGACUGAGGGGCUGCUCGGGGGCGGGGCGGCUCCCGGGCCCGCCUCCCGAGGCCUCGGACUCCUCUCUUACUUGAACUCGCUCCCCCGCGGGGAGAGGCCACACGCAGUGUUGAGCUGCCUGGGUGGGCGAGAUGCCCCCACCUCAGGAGCGCGAGGUGCCAGG